AUGAGUUCCCGAGCGGCUUUCCGAAGUAUUCCACAACCGCCAGAGCGCCUAUCGAAAAAAAUUUGCUUUAUUCUGAACAAUCUCACUGAACGCAAUCUGAAAAACCAAACACAUGAACUCAUGUCCCAACUGCCUCUACACUUCAAUCGCUGGUUGGCUGAAUUCAUCAUAAGCAGAGUUGCAACCGAGUCGAACCUGGUCGAUAUGUAUACCGAAUUCGUUUUGCUUGCAACAAACCGUCAGAAUAAUUUCCGUCCGCUUAUUCUUGAUUUGCUUACACGAGAGAUCGACUUUCUGCUGCGACCCGGCCAACUAAAUCCGAACAAGGGGAGAUCACUGAAGAAUUUUGGGGCUUUUCUUGGCCGCCUUACAUUAGCCAAAGGCAUAAAGCUUGGAGUUGACCUCAAGUCGCUUAUCUACGUGGCCUACAAGAACCGACCCGAAUCUCUAGAUUAUAUAGUUCCAUUCAUCUGUGAGCUGCUAAAGAACAUCAAGCACAGCGGUUCCCUCCAACAGCUAGACCCGUGGGUGCGGGAGAUUCUGGAGGUGGCCAAGGAACUGCACAACAUCACUGACAAACUCCCCAUUCAGUUCGAGGUGGAACUUCUCUUCAGCUACCUGGAACGCGACAUGAGCGAGAUCACUGCAGCCUUCUACUUAAGACGGAUCAGAUAA